AUGCUUCGAGAAUGUAAUCGCAGUGGUUUUUGGGUUGUCCAGGCGAGAUUUUUCACAAAGAAAGUUCGCCAAAAGACACAUUAUGAAGUUCUCGGUGUCGAGAGUACUGCAACACUGGCAGAAAUCAAAACUGCAUUUUACUCACAAUCUAAAAAAGUUCAUCCUGACAACUCGGCCGACGAAUCGACGACGGCACGCUUUUUGGAACUCAAAAAUGCUUAUGAUGUGCUCAGAAGACCUGCUGAUCGGAGUCUGUAUGAUUUUCAGUUGAAAGGAGGCGGUGGAAGGUAUCCGAAUGGAGGCUAUCGAUAUCAAUACCCAACAACAGCUCCGCCUCAAUAUGAUUUUCGGCAAGGUGACUGGUCGACGUAUUGGAGUCAAAACCCGGAUAAUUCGAGAUCAACGCGAGAGGAAAGAGACAAAUCGGCACGUGCAUUUAUGAAGUCUAUUGUCAAAUGGACAGCUUUUGGUCUUCUUCUAGUGGCUAUUUAUAAUGGAGGAUAUGUGUAUUUAUUGGCCUAUAAUCAGAAACAACUGGACAAACUUAUCGAUGAAGAUGAGAUUGCAAAGUGCUUCCUAAGACAGAAAGAGUUCCGGAAUGCCAAUUUCGAGAGCUCAGAGGUCGCAGAAAUCGGACGAAUCCUGAAAGCAGAUGUCGAUGAGAUUUGGAAAACGAAAGCGCAAAAGAAUCCUGAUGAGAUUCGGGAGGAAUAUCGAUGGUUCCGAGCGCUCCAAGACGCUGAUCACAUCAGAAGUCUCAAGGAAAAACGAAUGGAACAAAAGGAGAGGGAGAGGAAUAAAUGGAGAUAUCCCGAAGAAGAAUAG